CGUCACAUCUGUGCUCUUGAAACACUCCGCUACGUUGUGUUGUUGGAGCGGAGGGAGCUUCGUCUGUUCUUUACAUAUUGUUGCCUCAUCAUCUGUCUGGGAAAAUAUCGUCUAAUGAAAGCAAGUGUCUGUUUUGGUUGGGGGGAUUUAGCAUCCGAAACCGACCGGCUCUGUCUGUGUGAAAUAGGGAAUGAACGACGAGACAGCAUCGGACAGCUGGAAGAGAAACUCCGGGUGCUCCAGUAUUGAGCAAAUGCUGGCUGUGAAUCCCGGAAAGACGCCCAUCAGUCUGCUGCAGGAGUAUGGAACGCGGAUAGGUAAGACCCCAGUGUAUGACCUGCUGAAGGCCGAGGGACAGGCCCACCAGCCCAACUUCACGUUCCGCGUCUCCGUCGGAGAGAUCAGCUGCACCGGCCAAGGGCCCAGUAAGAAGGCAGCCAAGCACAAAGCAGCCGAGGCUGCUCUGAAGAUGCUCAAGGGAGGUCUCGGAGGUCCCGCCGGACUUGGUGUUGGAGUAGACGGGUUUAUUGGGGUUGACGUGCCUACUGAUGAAGACGGCUCCCAGUCAGAGAUGAAGACUUCGGGCAAUUCUCAGCAGUCUGAAUGUAACCCUGUAGGAGCUCUGCAGGAAUUGGUGGUGCAGAAAGGAUGGCGUUUGCCAGAGUACACAGUCACCCAGGAGUCUGGUCCAGCACAUCGCAAAGAGUUCACCAUGACCUGCAGAGUCGAGAGAUUUGUGGAAAUUGGAAGUGGUACGUCCAAGAAGCUAGCCAAGAGAAAUGCAGCAGCUAAGAUGUUGUCACGUAUACAUGAUGUCCCAGUGGACCUGAGGACCAGCAAUGAUGCUGACGCAGAGGAAGACACAUUCACCAUGCACAUGGGGAGCAGAGCUGAGUCGGGCAAAAGUAAAGGCUUCAGCUGCACGUGGGACUCUCUGCGAAACUCUGCUGGAGAGAAGAUCCUCCAGCUCCGCAGCCACCCUCUGGGCAUGCCCUCCGACUCUAACUUCUGCUCUUUGUUGAGUGACCUGUCCACUGAGCAGUGCUUUGAUGUCAGCUACCUGGACCUGGAGGAGCGCAGUCUGAGUGGUCUGUGCCAGUGUCUGGUGGAGCUGUCGACGCAGCCAAUCACAGUGUGCCACGGCUUCGCUCCGAGCAUAGACGCCGCUCGCGCCAACGCAGCCCACAACGCACUGCAGUACCUCAAAAUCAUGGCUGGGGGGAAGUGACAGGCCUCAUUAUCUUCCUCCUCACAGACUCUAACUCAUCACAACGCAGCGCCAGGAUAAAUUUCCACUCCAGACGACACUUAUCUCGUCAGCGAAAUGGUCGUAGCGCAUGUGAUGAGUUCACUUACCUGAAUUACCUCAUAUUUGGAAAUGAAGACUUUUUUUCUGUCCCCAAAUUAACCCAUGGAGCCCAUUUUCGUCACAUUGAUAUCUAAUUGUUGCCAAUGAAGAUUUAGUUGCCCAAAAACUCAUUUACCCAUCUCCUUGACAUUUUGCAUACAAAUUAUUUGUAGUUUUUAAAAGUUUUUGUUCGUACCCAGCAUUGUAUUUUCCUAAAAUCUUAAGUUAAAAAAAAUCUUGAUCUGAAAAUACAAAUGGUGCUCUUGCAGUGAGUUCCCAAAUAACUACUGACAUACUCUAGUGCAACAAAAAUUCAACAGGGUUUGUAGAAAUUCGGGAUUGUGGAAUCCUCAAUGAUUGGUGCUUUGUUUAAUCUCCGUUCACAUGGAUCAAUGCCAAGAAGAAAUUUCCCAGCCGUGCUGCUGAAUUAUGGAGAGAAAAGGACUCUUCUGCAUAAAUGUCAGAGGAUAAUUGUUUUAAAGACUGCCCCUUCAUACAGCUUGUAUGAGUACUGAAAAUGUGACUUUUGUUGUGAUUAUUUCAACUGUAAAAUCCAAAACUGAUGUUCAUUUGACAUUUUUUGCUCUGAUUAUAAAACUCUGUUCAGGAUAGCAGUCAGUUGACAUGUGAUUUAAAAUUCAAAAUUUUUGGAAAUUAACCCCUUUUUGAGAGUUCCUUGCAACAGUUGGCCGGAUACACAGUAUGUUCAUGUCUUUCAGAGGACUUUAGGAACUCUCAACAAGAUCAUCAGAAGUUUUCACAUUUACGAAUACUAAAAGAGAAAGCGCUAAUACUGUCUUUUUAAUUGAAGAUAAUUGACAACUGUACACAUAUUACAAUUAAAUUUAAACCUUAUUAGUUUACUUCACACUUGUCAGUGUAAUUAUCACACCUUCAAAAUUUGCCAUUUUUUUUCUAUUACCCUUCUUUUAGCUGACAGCCUUUGCAUGAAAUUUGUAAAUUUAUUUCAGUGUCAGAGAUUUAUGAUGAGGCUGAAAGAGGAAAUAAUAAUGUGAGUCUUCGAUAAAGCUUUGUUCUUGGUAUAACUGAUGGAGCCGUACUUUUGACUUUCAACAUUAUAGACCAGGCAAAUAAAACCACCACACAUUUUCAUGUGGAGUUUGAAUGUUUUUACCUCAAGACUUACUUUGUGUUCAUUAUGUCGAGUGUUGUGUCUGGGUCACUUGCUAUGUGAACUUUGUGAUUUCUUCUUUAAGUUUUUUUUUUCUGUCGAUGUGACUAUAAUUCCUGUUAUAUCAAAAAAAUUGAUGAUGGUGAUUUUCCAGAUUGUAUUCUCCACCUACAAUCGUGUCUUUGUGUAAGGUUUAUCUUCAGUACCGUAGUCACUUACUGCCUUGCACAGUUUAAAAAAGUCACAGUAUUGAAAAUGGUAGAGUUUGCACUACUUGAAAAGAUAAUGUCCUUUGCACAAUGUAGGCUGACUGAGUUUCUGUACAUCACUCUACAGUGUGCUUGAUGUAACGUUGACUUCAUUCUCUGAAAAGGCAGAACAGCGUAUUGUUUUCUGAUUAUUGAAACACGGAGGUUAUGUUGGUUUUUUUUUAACUGAAUUUAAUGUGCUGAUACUAUUGACAUCAAUGCUGACAUUAAAUUCAAGAUACUUGACUUCUUUGUGGUGUUACAAGAAAAAUGUGGCCCAGUUUUUAAAAGCAAUGAACUAAAACCGGAGCUCUGUGUCAAAUUGACUGUUUCCAAUAAAACUUUUUUUUGUAAAUUUUA